AUGGCUACCCCUAGUGUCCUCGCUUUUGACGCUGAGGGUCGGGCCAUUGACUUUGACGUCUGGGUAGAUAACCUGCAGCUUUUCUUACAGUGCGAUAGGGCGGACGGUCUCUCCCUCUUUGACCUCACCUCUGGUGCCUCUCCUGCCCCUGCUGCUGAUGCUGACGCCACUGUUUGCUCACAGUGGGCCACAGACGAUGCUGCUGUGCGUCUUGCUGUGCGUCACCACCUACCUACCUCUGAGCGUGCGCACUUUAGCCAGUACAAUAGUGCUCAGACCUUGUACGACGCUGUAGUUGCACGCUACUCUUCCCCUGCCACUGCUGCACUGAGCUGCCUCAUGCUACCGUACCUCUUCCCUGACCUUGCUGCCUUUCCCACAGACGCUGACCUCAUUACGCACCUCCGCACUAGUGACACUCGCCACCGCGCUGCGCUUGCUGCUGAGGACCACUUCCUUUCAGUUUGCCCCACCACUCUCACCGUUGACCUCCUCAAGAAGGCCCUCCUAGCAGCAGAGAAGAGCAUAGUCGCUGUAGGAGCCUCUCGUGGUGACCCUCGCACCCCCAUCUUUGAGGGUCGGUCGGUGCGGCAUCUACCCCUAGCGGGAGACGCCGCUCUGGCAAGGGCAAGGGGGGCAGGGGCGCUGGAGGAGCUAGCGGGGGCGGUGGAGGCGGCGGUGGAGGCGGCGGAGGGAGCGGGGGUGGCGGUGGGAGUGGUGGCGGGGGUGGAGGUGUCGGUGGCGGCAGUGGAGGCGGAGGCGGCGGCGGCGGUGGCGGUGGGAGCGGAGGUGGCGGAGGUGGCGGCGGUGGAGGAGGCGGUGGCGGAGGAGGUGGAGCUGGUCGGGGUGGCGCUGCACAGAGGGUCGGCUCUGCGGGGUGGGGGUACUGGUCCGUGCACCUAUGUCCUACGCACCGGCGACCGCGCAGGUGAGCAGUGUGGGGGUGCGCACCCCACCCAGCGCUGCUUUGGCCGCCUGACGGACGCUUGGCGUCACCAGUUCCCGGAGGCCACUGAGAUCCCCCGCUGGGGUGAGCUGUCUAGGGCGGGGGUAGCUAUCUUUGACCUUGACUUUGAUGCUAUUCUUGCUGCCAUGUAUGCUGUGACUAUUAGUGAUGAGGGUGACUGUUACCGGUGUAUUCCGCCCGACCCAAGCAUUGAAACUGCUGCUCUAGGUACUGGUGAGGCUGCUGCUUUAGGUGUUAGCGAGGCUGCUGCUCUAGGUGCCAGUGCUUCUGCUUCCGCAGGUGCUGGUGAGUCUGCGCUCUCACGUACCGCGUCGGCUUCGGCCUCGCUCACCUUCACCCUUGACUCAGGGGCUUCUCGCUCCUUCUUUCGAGACCGCACCACACUCACGCCGCUUGGUCGGCCAAUUGCAGUCUCUCUUGCAGACCCCUCUGAAGGUCCUGUUCUUUCUCACUUCUCCACUGUCCUCCCGUGUCCGGCGGCCCCCUCUGGCACCUUGUCUGGUCUUUACCUCCCCUCGUUCUCUACGAACUUGGUGCGUGGUGUUGACCUACAGGAUGCGGGGGUUCACCACUUCACUACUGCGAGUCAGCGCGUGACCCACUGCACGGACGCUCGGAUAGGCCGACACUUGGCCACGUUUACACGUCGGCCGGGGUCGAGCCUGUACACACUGACCACUGAGUCUCCUCCUGUCACUGCGUCUGGUCAGGUAGCUGCGUCGGGUCAUGUGUUUGCUGCAGCGUCCAGGUCUGGUUCUGAGUCUGCCCCCUGCUCGUGUCGCCUCCUGUCUCACGAGACCCUCCUGUGGCACCACCGCCUUGGUCACCCCUCCGUGCUUCGUCUCCGAGGCAUGGCCUCCCGUGUCCUUGUCUCUCGUCUUCCCCGGUCCCUCCCUCCCCUUCCUCCGGGGCCUGGCCCUGCCUGCGUCCCCUGUGUCGAGGGGCGGCAGCGGGCUACCCCUCACUCCUCUCAGUCUCCUCCGACAGAGGCCCCGCUGCAGAUGCUUCACAUGGACGUGUGGGGCCCGGCCCGCGUCCGUGGACAGGGUCACGAGCGCUACUUCCUGCUAGUAGUUGACGACUACUCGCGUUACACCACAGUCUUCCCCUUGCGCAGCAAGGGUGAUGUCACUGAGGUGUUGAUCGACUAG